CAUAAAAUAUGAAAUAAAAACAAGAAGAGACAAGACAUCAUGCUCCGCAGACUAAUACUGCUGUCUGCCCUCUGUAUGGCAACAUCUGCAUCUCUGGGCAAUGCACAGUGCAAUGCAACACAUUCAAAUGAAACAGGAUCAUGCAGUCUCACUACUGAUAGAUCCAGCAAUCAAACUCUGGCCAGCUGUGAUCUGAAUAAUCUGAAAAACUUCAGCUCUCUGAUUUUAAAUGCAGUGGAUGGCACUAUACACCAUCUACAAUGUAUAUCCAACAGUCCAGCAAGUUUGCCUCAAGAAAAACGUCACAUGCUUCAAACUGAGCUUGGAAAGAUCAUUGCAUCAACACUAAAUGUUAUGGUUCACCUUGGACUUUCUUCAAUCGAGGACAUUGCUGACAGUUUUGGUGCUUUACACACACUGACUGCAGAGAAUGCUCAAAACAUGGAGUUUGUUCAGUCAUGGAUCGGUGUCAGGCUUAUUCCACUUCUCCCAUACAUUACCACAGAGUUUAUAUCCAACAUGGGCAAGAUAAACUUUUCGUGUCUCAGCUACCAGACAAUAGUCAAAACACUCAGUCAGCAGGUGAAUCUGAUCAAUGAAACAUCAAAGACCUCCAUCUACACCCAAUUCAUUAAGCCAUUAUUGUCCAGACAAAUUUCAGAUCCUGCAUGUCAAUCUAAAAUUAUGGGCAGUGCUGAAUGGCUUGAGAAAAAUUUUGGUGAAUUUUCGUUCUAUGCUACAUUGAAGGAUCUACAAACUCUGAAUGGAAAUUUUUCCAGUCUGGCAGCUUUGGAAUCCCUGUCACCUGACCAGAAAGCAGAGCUCCUGUUGGAUCCGUCCACCGGUUCUCUUGAAAAUGUGACCGUGGUGAAGGAGGUGUUGAGCAGCAUCCUGAGAGCCCCAGAUGAGAAGCAGCUAGAGAAAUUCUUUGAAACGUUCGUGGAGGUCAGCAAGGAGGAAAACAUCGCCUACAUCACAAACGCGGACGUCCGGGACGCAAUACUGAACCUGACUUUGACGGCUCUGGCUCCCAAAUUCCCUCUCUUCCAAACCAGUGACUAUGAGCUGUGGUUCCAAAUUAAUCUCGUGGUCCUGCUGGCCAGCUUCCGUCCUUCAGUUUUGGUGGUGAUCCCCGCCAACCUCACCUGCGACUCUUACGAUGCAAUAUUGAAAGGCCUGGACAACGCUUUGGUGGUUCUCCCAUCUGCAGUUGGAGCGGAGCUGAAGUCAAGCAUAGACGAACUUCGACAGUCACCACCAGAAGGCUGCACGCCUCCUCGUCCUGUGGGUUUCUGCAAAGAGACAAUAGUGGAUGAGGUGAAGCUGUGUAGUGGUGUCAACAGUGGUCGACCCGGGAGCCAGCCUCCUUCCUCGGAUCAGCUGUGCAACUUCACCAUCUCUAAUUAUGCCUGCUCAUCGGACGCAUCAUCCCUGUCCUCUGAUGCUCUCGUCACGCUGCUGACUUGCAAAGUGCCGAGCAUGAACAGCAGCGCAGAGACGUGGAAGCUUUUUUUCCAGAAAGUCGCGGGAGUUCUGGAGGUUGCUCUGUCAGCGUACUCCAACAAUAACCUCAGUGGCCAUCAGGCUGAGUCCAGUAUUCUCGAUGCCAUCGGAGAGGUGAAAGUCAACAACUUCAGCGCCGCUCAACUGACAGAUGUCAGCUUCAUUAGCGACUGGUUCCAGGGAAGGCUGAGACCAUUCUUGCCAGCGGUCUCCAGGGACUUCCUGUCCUGCCUUAGCUCCAAGAACUUCAGUUGCGACACCUACCAAGUUGUGGUGCAGGCUCUCAGUCGUCAAGCGUCCCUCAUGGAGGUGGGGCAACAACGGGUCGUCUUCACUGAAUUUGUCAAUCCCUUCCUCUCGAGAGAUGACCUACCAGAUCCUGCCUGUCUUGCCAAUACUACAAGCAGCGCUGACUGGCUGGAGAAGAACUUUGGCAACUUCUCCGUCUACGCUACCUUGGAGGAUCUCCAAAGGCUGAAUGAAAAUUUCUCCAGCUUUGCAUCGUUGGCGCUGCUGAGCCCCAGCCAAGUAGCUGAACUGACACUGAGCUCCGGAGCGUUGAACAACACCAAUCAGAUCGUCGCUGUGUUUGACCGCCUGGAGAAUGGCAAUGCUUUCAAGAACGUGGAGGAGUUUCUGACGACUCUAACCGCAUCUCCUGAGAUUCCCGAUAUCGCCCCCGCUGUGAGAGACGUGAUGAUGAACCGAACAUUCGUGAUCAUUGAACUGAAGUUCCCGGAAUUUGUGGCUCAUGACUGGGAAGUGUGGUUCACCGAGAAGCUCAUCCCUGUCCUCCCCAGUUUCACCGCAGAAAUGCUGCUUAAGGUCACAGCUGGCAUCAACUGCACCAACUACCAUGUGAUCGUUGAGGGAAUGGGAGAUGUUUUCUACAAAAUGACAUUCACCAGGAGGCAGGAGAUAACCAGGGUUCUGGUGGAGCACCUGAAGCAAUUUGCCGUCCGAUUCAACAGUCCAGAUUGCAGAAAGGACAUCGGAAACGAUGCUGAGUGGCUUGACAUCAACUUGGGUCUAUUCUCCACGGUGGCCAAUUACACAGACCUCAAGGAGCUGAACAUCAGUGGGCUGGCAGCUUUGGAAUCCCUGUCACCUGACCAGAAAGCAGAGCUCCUGUUGGAUCCGUCCACCGGUUCUCUUGAAAAUGUGACCGUGGUGAAGGAGGUGUUGAGCAGCAUCCUGAGAGCCCCAGAUGAGAAGCAGCUAGAGAAAUUCUUUGAAACGUUCGUGGAGGUCAGCAAGGAGGAAAACAUCGCCUACAUCACAAACGCGGACGUCCGGGACGCAAUACUGAACCUGACUUUGACGGCUCUGGCUCCCAAAUUCCCUCUCUUCCAAACCAGUGACUAUGAGCUGUGGUUCCAAAUUAAUCUCGUGGUCCUGCUGGCCAGCUUCCGUCCUUCAGUUUUGGUGGUGAUCCCCGCCAACCUCACCUGCGACUCUUACGAUGCAAUAUUGAAAGGCCUGGACAACGCUUUGGUGGUUCUCCCAUCUGCAGUUGGAGCGGAGCUGAAGUCAAGCAUAGACGAACUUCGACAGUCACCACCAGAAGGCUGCACGCCUCCUCGUCCUGUGGGUUUCUGCAAAGAGACAAUAGUGGAUGAGGUGAAGCUGUGUAGUGGUGUCAACAGUGGUCGACCCGGGAGCCAGCCUCCUUCCUCGGAUCAGCUGUGCAACUUCACCAUCUCUAAUUAUGCCUGCUCAUCGGACGCAUCAUCCCUGUCCUCUGAUGCUCUCGUCACGCUGCUGACUUGCAAAGUGCCGAGCAUGAACAGCAGCGCAGAGACGUGGAAGCUUUUUUUCCAGAAAGUCGCGGGAGUUCUGGAGGUUGCUCUGUCAGCGUACUCCAACAAGAACCUCAGUGGCCAUCAGGCUGAGUCCAGUAUUCUCGAUGCCAUCGGAGAGGUGAAAGUCAACAACUUCAGCGCCGCUCAACUGACGGAUGUCAGCUUCAUUAGCGACUGGUUCCAGGGAAGGCUGAGACCAUUCUUGCCAGCGGUCUCCAGGGACUUCCUGUCCUGCCUUAGCUCCAAGAACUUCAGUUGCGACACCUACCAAGUUGUGGUGCAGGCUCUCAGUCGUCAAGCGUCCCUCAUGGAGGUGGGGCAACAACGGGUCGUCUUCACUGAAUUUGUCAAUCCCUUCCUCUCGAGAGAUGACCUACCAGAUCCUGCCUGUCUUGCCAAUACUACAAGCAGCGCUGACUGGCUGGAGAAGAACUUUGGCAACUUCUCCGUCUACGCUACCUUGGAGGAUCUCCAAAGGCUGAAUGAAAAUUUCUCCAGCUUUGCAUCGUUGGCGCUGCUGAGCCCCAGCCAAGUAGCUGAACUGACACUGAGCUCCGGAGCGUUGAACAACACCAAUCAGAUCGUCGCUGUGUUUGACCGCCUGGAGAAUGGCAAUGCUUUCAAGAACGUGGAGGAGUUUCUGACGACUCUAACCGCAUCUCCUGAGAUUCCCGAUAUCGCCCCCGCUGUGAGAGACGUGAUAAUGAACCGAACAUUCGUGAUCAUUGAACUGAAGUUCCCGGAAUUUGUGGCUCAUGACUGGGAAGUGUGGUUCACUGAGAAGCUCAUCCCUGUCCUCCCCAGUUUCACCGCAGAAAUGCUGCUUAAGGUCACAGCUGGCAUCAACUGCACCAACUACCAUGUGAUCGUUGAGGGAAUGGGAGAUGUUUUCUACAAAAUGACAUUCACCAGGAGGCAGGAGAUAACCAGGGUUCUGGUGGAGCACCUGAAGCAAUUUGCCGUCCGAUUCAACAGUCCAGAUUGCAGAAAGGACAUCGGAAACGAUGCUGAGUGGCUUGACAUCAACUUGGGUCUAUUCUCCACGGUGGCCAAUUACACAGACCUCAAGGAGCUGAACAUCAGUGGGCUGGCAGCUUUGGAAUCCCUGUCACCUGACCAGAAAGCAGAGCUCCUGUUGGAUCCGUCCACCGGUUCUCUUGAAAAUGUGACCGUGGUGAAGGAGGUGUUGAGCAGCAUCCUGAGAGCCCCAGAUGAGAAGCAGCUAGAGAAAUUCUUUGAAACGUUCGUGGAGGUCAGCAAGGAGGAAAACAUCGCCUACAUCACAAACGCGGACGUCCGGGACGCAAUACUGAACCUGACUUUGACGGCUCUGGCUCCCAAAUUCCCUCUCUUCCAAACCAGUGACUAUGAGCUGUGGUUCCAAAUUAAUCUCGUGGUCCUGCUGGCCAGCUUCCGUCCUUCAGUUUUGGUGGUGAUCCCCGCCAACCUCACCUGCGACUCUUACGAUGCAAUAUUGAAAGGCCUGGACAACGCUUUGGUGGUUCUCCCAUCUGCAGUUGGAGCGGAGCUGAAGUCAAGCAUAGACGAACUUCGACAGUCACCACCAGAAGGCUGCACGCCUCCUCGUCCUGUGGGUUUCUGCAAAGAGACAAUAGUGGAUGAGGUGAAGCUGUGUAGUGGUGUCAACAGUGGUCGACCCGGGAGCCAGCCUCCUUCCUCGGAUCAGCUGUGCAACUUCACCAUCUCUAAUUAUGCCUGCUCAUCGGACGCAUCAUCCCUGUCCUCUGAUGCUCUCGUCACGCUGCUGACUUGCAAAGUGCCGAGCAUGAACAGCAGCGCAGAGACGUGGAAGCUUUUUUUUCCAGAAAGUCGCGGGAGUUCUGGAGGUUGCUCUGUCAGCGUACUCCAACAAGAACCUCAGUGGCCAUCAGGCUGAGUCCAGUAUUCUCGAUGCCAUCGGAGAGGUGAAAGUCAACAACUUCAGCGCCGCUCAACUGACGGAUGUCAGCUUCAUUAGCGACUGGUUCCAGGGAAGGCUGAGACCAUUCUUGCCAGCGGUCUCCAGGGACUUCCUGUCCUGCCUUAGCUCCAAGAACUUCAGUUGCGACA